AUGGAAUCUGUUCUCCAACAGUCAACCGUACGCUUGGUGAAGUACUGGGACCGCACUGAUGCCCCAGAAGUGGCUCUCACUGUGACUGCUGCCUUGCUUCUAAUUGGUGUCAUCUUCUUGAAGGCGGGACUCUGGCAGUGGUGCAAGGGGGUCUACGAGCGCAAUCCGCAAGAUGCCGUGAAGGCCAUUGCCCAGGACAAUUUGAAUGACGUGAUCUCCAACAUCGCUGCCCUGCUGGCCCCGGAGGAAUCGCACGAUGUUUUGUUCCAUUUGCGGAUCAAUGUGGCGCUGGCCAUCACCUUUUGGGAAUGUGAAAACAAUCGUUGA